AGACCGCGUGCCGGCACAGCCGCCGAGAGACGCGGAGUCGUAGGAGUGUGCAUAUAUGAGGGCGUUAUUCUGCGCCAUUAAUCCACGGCCAUCUAUUAGCACACCUCGUUCUCUGCCUCGGUAAGCUGCUGCUGCUUAGCUUUCUCGUUUGUUCUGUUUUGAGAUUGUGCGUAAAAUUUUGGAGGAGCAGAGAGGAAACUGUUCAAUGGCUCUUCGUUUCGAGGUUCUGGGGAGGUUUAAUCGUGCUCGUGCUGCACAGUUGACCCUCCCUCACUUUGUCUGCCAGACUCCAUUAUUCAUGCCUGUGGGCACACAAGGGACAAUCAAAGGUUUGACGACUAGCCAGCUUGAGGAGAUCGGUUGUCAAAUAAUUCUUGGUAAUACAUACCAUUUGGAGCUUCGUCCUACUUCUGAGCUUAUUGAUGAAUUGGGCGGCCUUCACAAGUUUAUGAACUGGCCUAGAGCACUGCUUACUGACUCUGGUGGCUUUCAGAUGGUGUCAUUAUUGCAUCUAGCCGACAUUACUGAAAAGGGUGUAACAUUUCAGUCACCUGUUGAUGGAAAGCCGAUGCUUUUAACACCCGAGGAAUCAAUUCAAAUUCAAAACAGAAUUGGAGCAGAUAUUAUCAUGGCCCUUGAUGAUGUAGUUAGAACAACCAUUACUGGUCCACGGAUUGAAGAGGCCAUGUAUCGCACCCUUCGAUGGAUAGAUAGAUGCAUUGCUGCUCAUAAAAGACCAAAUGAACAGAAUUUAUUUGGCAUUGUGCAAGGUGGUUUGGAUCCUGUGCUAAGGGAUAUAUGCGUAAGAGGCUUGGUGGAGCGUGACUUGCCUGGCUAUGCUAUUGGUGGUCUUGCGGGAGGUGAAGACAAGGAUUCCUUUUGGCGUGUUGUUGCGCAAUGUACUGCUGCUCUGCCUGAGGAUAAACCACGUUAUGUUAUGGGUGUUGGUUAUCCACUAGAUAUAGUAGUUUGCAGUGCUUUAGGUGCUGACUUGUACGACUGUGUUUAUCCUACUCGUACUGCUCGAUUUGGCACAGCUCUAAUACCUGAGGGAGUGUUGAAACUCAAACACAAAGCAAUGGCUGAUGAUACUCGUCCCAUUGAUUCUACAUGUGAUUGCAUGGUCUGCAGGAACUACACAAGGGCCUAUAUUCAUUGCCUUGUUACUAAAGAUGCCAUGGGAUCUCAGCUUCUGACCUAUCACAAUUUGUAUUACAUGAUGAGGCUCAGCAGAGAUCUACACACGUCAAUAGUCGAGGGACGAUUUCCCAAGUUUGUAUGUGACUUUCUAAAGAAUAUGUUUCCCAAAGGAGAUGUCCCUGAAUGGGUCUGCAACGCCAUGGAGGUUGCUGGAAUUGAUAUAUCAUCAUGCUGUGCACCACUCCCUUCUUCCCUAGAUUAGAACAAUAAAUUUAUACACACAACAGAGGACACGAUACGAUUGACUGGCAUUUUCAGAAUGACUUGAAGGAUGUAGGCUUUUGAGGAUUUUGAUAAAUGGUUGACACAGUGCAGCAUCAAUUUUGUGUCUUUAUGCUGCUUCCAUAAGCUACACUUCAGGUAGAUUUUUCAGUUUUUUUUUUGUGGUUCGUCUUGCCUUUUGUUUCCGUUCAUUGAUUUGCUACUUAAAAAUACAACAUAAUUUUGUUUUCAAAUACUCAUAAUACAGUUAUUGAAUUUCUAUACUCUAUAUACGUGUAUAGAUGAAAUACAAUCGUCGAAA